AUGCCUACCCUCCAAGAAAGCAAAAUCUCCUUCAUUGGCGGAGGCAACAUGGCCUCCGCCAUCAUCGGCGGCUUGACGGCCAAGGGCGUCUCAAAGACCAACAUCAUCGUUUCCGAGCCCUGGGACGUGAACCGCGAAAAGCUCGCGGCGAUCGGCGUCCAAACCACCACCGACAACGCGACUGCAGGCGCCGAGGCGGAUAUCGUGAUCAUCGCCGUCAAGCCGCAGGAGCUCGGAAAGAGCUGGAGCUCUAGGAAGGAUCUGCCUGUUGUUGUGAGUAUUGCGGCUGGUAUUACGCUGGAGUCGCUGCAAGGGUGGUCGAAGACUGGGGAUGGGCGUACACCGCAUGUUGUGCGUGUUAUGCCGAAUACGCCGGCGCUUGUUGGGGAGGGGGCUAGUGGUGCUUUUGCUGGGGAGGGUGUCACUGGUGAGGAGAAGGAGCUUGUUGGGGCUCUUUUGGCGAGUGUCAGUAAAGCUUUGGAAUGGGUUGACCGGGAGGAGUUGUUGGAUGUUGUGACUGGAUUGUCUGGAUCCGGUCCGGCUUACUUCUUUGCUAUGGUUGAGCAUCUGGUCUCUAGCGCUACUGCUCUUGGUCUUUCAAAGGACCAGGCUACGCGUUUGGCUACGCAGACUUGUCUUGGUGCGGGUAAGAUGCUUGUUGAGUCUGAGGAUGAGCCUAGUCAGCUGCGCAAGAAUGUGACUAGUCCCAAUGGUACUACCUAUGCGGCGCUGCAGACUUUUGAGAAGGAGGGUUUCAAGGAGAUUGUUGAUAAGGCUGUGACGGCGGCGACUGAGCGGGCCGCUGAGUUGGGCAAAAAGGCUUGA